AUGCACCUCGGUUCUUGUGGUUCUUCUUGCCCUAAUCAUUGUCUGCAUCAUCCACCGCAUAAGGAAGAAAUUUUUAUUCUUCCAUCUCUUCAUUUCUUUAAUUUCAGGCGUCUAAUAGACAGCGAAUGGAAUUCCCCCAAUCCCGAGUACUGGCAUGUAUAUGAAGUGGACGAUUGGGAGAUGCAAUUGGAGGAUAUUGACGCUCUCAACUUCCGCCAUCCUCUCGGAAAAGGCAACUUCGGUAUGGUGUAUCGAGGUCUAGUGAAAACCCUGCGAACUCCGGCUCAUUGCUUCUAUACAGACCCUAGCAAUAUCGCUGCUGCUAUUAAGGUACCUAAGAAAGCUUGUUUAUUUUGA